AUGCGUCGCGCACCUCCGAGGACCUUUGCGGAUACGAAGUUCGCCAAAAAUGUGAUCCAGAAGAUGUCCGAGGACAAGUUCCAGGCUGCGAGGGCGGCUAUGCUAGAACCUGAGCCUGCGUCUCUGGAUUGGGCCGCAAACCGUGCCCGUCAUCUACGCGAGGUUAUCUGCAGAGAACCGCGCAAAGCUCCAGCAAUGCUUCGCGAGAUGCACAAAAAGCGACGGAUGGACCGCAAGGAGAACGACGUCUUCGGCUUUCUAGCAGUCUUCAUAGCACCUCUUGUCUCUAAGAAGGGUGUAGAGCCCGUUCCCGCCGAGAUCUGGCUUCAACUCCUCGCGGCGAACUUCGACAGCGCCAUCGUGGACAUCUUUCUAGACGACACACUCUAUACCGGUCGGUCUGAGCUACACCAGCUGUACAUCUCCAUGGCCUUCUUCGCCCUCACGGAGUCGUUGCAUAUAGUCACCAACAUUCUCAUGAGGUUCGCGGAAAGGAAGGAAGACAAGCGUAUCGUCGAUGCUACUUGCAAGCGCUUCUUGCAGAGCUUGGAACCUCUCACCGGCGCCAUGUGGAAGCACCGAGACGACUUGCUCACGCAUCAUCUCGCGUUCACUAGCCGUAACAUCCAAGAAUCCUUUGGGAGCUUUGUCGGUCCGAUACUGGGCGUCAUCAACCAUCUGUCCAAACAGUCCCUCGACCCAUACGCAAAGACAGACCCACGCGAAACAAUCGCCACCUCGCACUUCCUCCACAUGUGUCUCUGGUGUUGGCAGAAUGACCACGGCGAAAUGCUCCUCCUGAUGCAAUCCUCGCACCUCGCCCUAUACUGGACCGCAAUCGACAUGUGGAUCACCGACCGGGGCAAGUUCAAAGAAGACCUGCUCGAGCUCAUUCAGCCCACGAUCCUCGAAGCGCUUGGAACGGACGGAUGGAUAGAGUGCUUGCGCCGCGAUUUGCAGCCGGAUGUUGCGCCCACGACGCAGAUGCCUGCGCUUAAGGUUCAUAAUACGCUUAGUGACUACCCUGAGUGUGAGAUUUGGAAGGCGAUGGUUGAUGCACGGCUUUACCGCGAUGUUCUCGGUGUCAUGCAACCAUCAACACAGACGAAUUCUGCGAUGUUCGCUGAGUUCAUGCGGUUGACUCAUACUGCUAUCCGAUGCACGAUCAAUAAGGACGUCGACGGUCGGAAGGUCCUCGUCUCUGAAGAUUUAUUGGUGGACAUCGUGGACGAUCCGAACUUCGUUACUCUCAUUGUCGAGACAUUGCUGAACUUCCCUCAAUCCACUCCUCCAAUAGCGCAUUGGCCGAGCUUCAUUCCCUCAGAGUCAUGCGCCGACCUACUCCUAGCAUACUCCCUCGCGCACACCCACCUCCUCAAAACCUCCCCAGACCGCGCCACCCUCCUCCGCACGCGCAUCCGCCCAUCCUGGUAUCGCAUCCUCCAAGCCCUCCGCCCCCUCCCCAACGUCUCCAAAUCCCUCCAAUCCUGGCUCCAAUUCGGGCGCGACAUGAACUUCACCGAGUCCGAAGAACGCGCGAUCUUCCAGCGCGACACGAAGGACGGGCGCAGGAACUGCGACUGGCGCGGCUGUGCGUUCUAUGUGGUGGUGCCGGAGAAGGCGCUGAAGGCGUGUAAGGGGUGUAAUCGGGCGUAUUAUUGUGGGGCUGUUUGUCAGAGAAGGGAUUGGAAGGACGGAGGGCAUAAGAAGAAUUGUAGGACAGUUAAGGAUUGA